ACUACUUUAGAACUCCACUACAUUUGUUACCAAAAAUAUGAAUAAUAUUCAUCAUUCCAAAUAUCUUCAAUCCAUCAAAACCAAAGAUAUUGUUGUUGAUAAUAUGAAGCAAGGAAGAACACGAAGAUUACUAUAUCGGGAUAUUUCUAAUUUAAGCAACAAUUCAAUGGAAGGCGGCGGUGGUGGUGGUGGCGGCGAUGGCAGUGGUGGAGGCGGUGGAUACCACGCACAAUCACCGGCUUCUGUGCCUUUUAUUUGGGAAUUAAGCCCCGGUACUCCCAAACGUCAUGUUAGUAUAAACAAUAAGGUUUGUAAUAAUAUUGAAAGUCAUGAACCUGAUCAAUUUCUUCCUCCUCUUACACCUCCACCAUCCUACCAAUAUAAUAAUAGUAUUAGAAAAAGAUCACCAUCUAUUACUAAGAAAAAGAAACAAAAUGAUGCCAAUACUAAAAAUAGUAACCUUAUACAAACCGUAUUUCCUAGGUUAUCUCUUAAAAGAGAUCAUCCUCCAUCACUAUCAUCAUCUCCGUCGACUAAAUCCUCGUCGUCAUCACCACCAUCAUCAUUAGAAAGGCGCAGGUUAUCGUUUGACUCGAGGGCGGAGAUAGAAGCCGAAAUGUUUACUUACAACGGCUAUAAAUCCUACGUGGUACGAUCAAGUCCUUCUCGACAAGGUAAAAGAUCGGAAGAGGAGGAGAACGAUGUGGUAGACGGUGGUGAUUCACCGGUUUCUACGUUGUGUUUCAGGCGAUUUACUUGUUGUAAUGUUAAGUUACGAGGUUUUUAUUCGACAUGGUUCUAAAUAGUUGUCGUCUUUAAAUUUGCUACUUUACGCAUAAAUAGAUUACGACAACUUAAUUGCUUACAUUGCUUACAUGCAUUAGGUGAUAUAUUAAAGUUGUUUGAAUUUCUAUUUUUUAUUUCAAACUUUUGAAAUUUUUUUCCAAAUAGAUCCAUUUUAUGAAAGGAUCUAAUUGUUGUGAAGUGUAAUACUCUACAUGCAUAUAUUUUAUGGCAGGGUCUACAUCCUUACUGUAUAACAAUCACUUUUAUUUUGUAAUCUGUAUAUUGAUUGAUUAUGCAUGCAUGUUAUAUGUUACAACUUACAAGUCUUUAACAAACAUAAUUGUUAUGUUUGAGGAUUAUAUAUGCUCAAUUCAACUCUUUCAAGGUAUAGUAAAAAUUAAUGCCGAAUUAUUGGUACAAAAUGAUUAGAAGUUGCGCUACUUAAUGAAAUAAUUACUUAUCAAUUCUUAAAAUAAAUUUCAAUAGAAGUUUAGUGACGAAUCAUGACUCAUAAAUUAGGGGAAAUAUAGUUAUUAUUUAAAUAAGAAAAACUAAAGUGCAAGGGUUUGGCCAAGAAUCAAACUCAGAGUAAAAAUAGAGCUGGAGGAUGCAACCCUCCUCUCCUUGUUAGCACAAUAUGAUAAAUGAAAGCUAUAUCAGGUUUUACUAAAUGAAAAAUAAGAUAAAAACAACAAUAAGAAAUAUUAAAAGGACAUAAUAAUAUAUGAGGUAUUUUGAAUACCUCCCCCUCAACAAUAAUUUAUUUAUAUUAGAUUUAACA